GAGUAUGGGUAACAACAGAAAAGUGCUGACAGCGUCCUUAUUAUCCCUGUUGCUUUCAAUGGUGCUCGCACAGUUUGAGCCGCCCGUCGGCGGUGGUCCCCCGGGAAAGCCGUGCUCCUCAUCGUUCCAUUGUUGGAGGACCGAGCCGAUCAAUGUGUUUGGAGAGCCCGUUGGCUUGUUGCAAGGAACCCGUCGAAAACGUCUAGAAGUUGGCAACUCGUUCUCAAAAGGCGGUCGAUGUCGAUGCACCGAUGGCACAUGCACGCAGUUUCAGCAACGAUCGCAGACAUUCCUACCGUGCGAAGAGUUUUGAUUUAAAAAGUCCGAUUUACGUACUCUCAAUAAUUAAUUCGAUUUUCAUCUCCUCUUCUUCUUGUUUCCUGUCGUCGUCGCCAACUUACCAUGAAUUGUGUGUUCCUGUG